AGCCGUUAUUCUCUUCGCUCUUGUUGCCGUGGCUAUGGCCCGCGCACCCGGACCCAGGCUGCCACGAUACUACGACGACAGUAAGAUAGUUGAUGGCACAGAGGUGGUUGCUGGGGAGGUCCCAUGGCAGAUAAUCCUGUACAGACUUGGUUCUUUCAUCUGCGGUGGCAGUCUUAUCAGCGACAGACAUGUACUGACUGCCGCUCACUGUGUGCAUCCAUACCAGGAUACCCCGGAUUAUUUCAGUGUUCGCCUGGGAACACUGAAGCUGACCAGUGGCGGAAUAACGAGAAAUGCAAAUCGAAUCCUGAGGCACGAGGCAUACAGCUCCAGCGAGAUCUACAAUGACGUUGCGGUCAUCGAGCUUGAUGAGCCAGUAGUGUUCACUAGCAACGUUAAGUCCAUCGCAUUGGCUAGUAACGAUGACAAUAAGUACGCGGACUGGCCGGCUACUACAUCUGGAUUCGGACGCAUUAGCAUGAAUGGACCCACAUCCCAGGACCUCUUGAAGGCUGAUCAGGUGAUCGUCUCUAGUGCGGACUGCAUAGCCGUUCACGGAUCCUUUAUCCAGCCAGCGGGAAUGAUCUGCUCCGGACAGGGAAAGGAGUCAACAUGCAGUGGUGACAGCGGCGGCCCACUGUGGGUGAUGCAGAACGGUGAGCCAACCCUGGUGGGAGUCACAUCCUGGUCGGUCGUUGCCUGCCAGAUUGCCGGCUAUCCUGACGGAUUCGCCCGCGUCACCUACUACUACCCAUGGAUCAUGGAUGCCGUCGCCAAGCUGUCCUAAGUCCUAAGUCGUUAACACUUCGUCGCGCCUGACGUCAUCGGCGCUUCGUGUCUAGUGAUCAUGACUCGGUAUCAUGCCUGUAUCAAAUUCUGAUUCAAUGAAGCAAUGAUUAAAAUACCCUGGUUCACAUCCAUACACAUUAAUGUGAUUAUGAUGAUUUGAUUUUUUUGGAAUUAAUGUGAAUACCACAAAAAUAAAUUGGCUUUUCUGUGCAAUUCUGUUUCGU